AAAAUUACAAAUUAUUUUCAAGAAAAUAAUACAAACUGAAGAAAACACUCAAAGGCACAAAAUUUUCCCCCUUUGAACGCCACACGCCUUCCACCAUUGUUGACCACAGAGCUCCUAAAACCCCCAAUUCAUAUCUCCUUCCAACAAUACAAAUUUAGGGUUAGGGUUUUUGGGAGCUCGAAUUUGUUGUGAACAAAAUGGCUAUUCCAACCGCAUUUUCUGGGCCCAAGCUUGAGUCUUUAUCAUCAUCGGCUGCGGCGGCUUCUCCGGCGUCAAUUGGGUUGUUUUGCAAUCCGGGUCGGGUUAGAAGGCUGUCAAUUCAAAAGGGUUUGUUCAAUUCAGGGAUCAGGUGUGAAGUUGCAGCAUCUGAUGUUGUGGAUCAGAGUCAGAGUUCUGGAAAUGUGACGUCUUCUUCUAGCCUUUCUGCUCUUGAGCAGCUUAAGAGCUCAGCUGCUGACAGAUAUACCAAGGAGAGGAGCAGUAUCGUUGUCAUUGGGCUCAGUAUCCACACUACGCCUGUUGAAGUACGUGAAAAACUGGCUAUUCCUGAAGCAGAGUGGCCGAGAGCCAUUGGGGAGCUCUGCAAUUUGAAUCAUAUUGAAGAAGCUGCAGUUCUUAGUACCUGUAACAGGAUGGAGAUCUAUGUUGUGGCUCUUUCCCAACAUCGUGGCGUAAAAGAAGUUACCGAGUGGAUGUCAAAGACAAGUGGAGUCCCGGUUACAGAAAUUUGUAAGCACCGUUUUUUACUGUAUAAUAAUGAUGCGACACAGCACAUCUUUGAAGUAUCAGCUGGGCUAGACUCGUUGGUCUUAGGGGAAGGUCAAAUCCUUGCUCAAGUUAAGCAAGUUGUCAAGGUUGGUCAAGGAGUUACAGGCUUUGGAAGAAACAUUAGUGGACUAUUCAAGCAUGCAAUCACAGUCGGAAAGAGGGUUAGAACUGAAACAAACAUUGCAGCAGGCGCAGUUUCUGUAAGUUCAGCUGCUGUGGAGUUGGCUCUGAUGAAGCUUCCUGAAUCCUGCCACACUACUGCUAGGAUGCUAGUUAUUGGAGCAGGCAAGAUGGGGAAACUUGUGAUUAAGCACUUGGUAGCCAAGGGAUGCACAACGAUGGUUGUUGUAAACAGAAGCGAGGAUAGAGUUUCUGCCAUUCGUGAAGAAAUGAAAGAUGUCGAGAUAAUCUACAAGCCCCUCAAUGAAAUGCUUAAAUGUGCUGCUAAAGCUGAUGUUAUUUUCACGAGCACUGCAUCAGAAACGCCACUGUUUAUGAAAGAACAUGUUGUGGAUCUUCCACCUGUUAGUGCAAGUGUUGGAAGUUUAAGGCUUUUCAUUGACAUCUCAGUUCCUAGGAAUGUUGGUGCUUGUGUGAAUGAGCUAGAGGACGCACGGGUGUACAAUGUAGAUGAUCUAAAAGAGGUUGUGGCAGCUAAUAAGGAGGACCGUCUUCGUAAAGCUAUGGAAGCUCAAGCAAUCAUUUCUGAAGAAUCCAAACAAUUUGAAGCUUGGAGGGAUUCACUGGAGACUGUUCCCACCAUCAAGAAACUGAGGGCUUAUGCAGAAAGAAUAAGGGUUGCUGAACUGGACAAGUGCAUGUCCAAAAUGGGUGAUGAUAUCUCAAAGAAGACAAAGAAGGCUGUUGAUGAUCUUAGUCGUGGAAUAGUUAACAAGCUCCUUCAUGGUCCCAUGCAACACCUAAGAUGUGAUGGGAGUGACAGCCGCACAUUGAGUGAGACCCUUGAGAAUAUGCAUGCUCUAAAUAGGAUGUUCAGCCUUGAGACAGAUAUAUCUGUAUUGGAACAGAAAAUCCGAGCUAAAGUGGAGCAAACUCAAAAAUAAGGUGAAUCUCUCAAGCUUUUUUCAUUGAAAAUUCUCUCAGAGCCUCAACUGAAUAAGAGGAAGAAUUCCUCAAUUGUACUUUCUGUUGGUGGUACUGCAAAUUCUCAUUGAAAUACAUAGUCAGGAUAUGAUCCCUUACCGAGAUCUUUCCUGUUGAUUUAAUUUUGUCAAAGAUAUAUGCAAACCUCUGAUUGUCUAUUCCUCUUGUGUCUUAAGAGUACAUUUUGUAUGUAGCUGUUCUAUCGAUGUUAUUAGCUGAAGUUAUAUCCUUGUAAUGAGUGAUUCAUGGGAGAGAUCCAUAUACUCCUUCCACAAACAGUUCUAGCCUUGUAACAUAUUCACUGAUUCAUUUACUUUAUGAUUAUUAUGUUGAUGUAUUAAUUUCAUUCGACUUGUUCUCCCUUCA